AUGAUCGAUCUCACGGUAUACUGAGUAAAAACUGCAACAACCCACAGAUUGUACAAAAUUUAUCACAAAUGCAGUAGGAUAGAUUAGCAUAUCAUGUCGGAGAAUGGUGGGACGAUUUCACUUCAAAGAUACUGUGUGGAGAAAAGUGGCAGUGCGGACUCUGAAAAAGCCGAGCUUCUAGAUGUCAGACGCAGGGUCCAGUUGACCUUGGCCGUGAAGUUGCGGACAGCUGCCAUUGUUAUUUCAUGGGUUUCCGUCAUGUUUGGAUUUGCCCAAGGUGUAACAGCAAUCGUAUUUUCUUUAAAACUGAGCAGUGACACGUUGUUCGGAUUUGGGCUUAAUGCAAUAUUGGACAGCAUGUCAUCUCUAGUUGUAUUGUGGCGAUUUCACAGCAAGGAUCUCUACUCCGAAAAUCGAGAACAAAAGGCCUGUUUUAUAAUCGCUAUUUUAUUUGUGGUGUCCAGCACGAGCUUACUGACAAUGACUAUCAUUACACUGGUGAAAAAGACGAAAGAGAAACAGCUCAGCACGCUGUGGAGCCUAUCUCUGAUUAAUGGUUGUUGUAACUUUGUACUGGGGAUAGUGAAAUUUAGUCUUGGUUACAAGCUGGAAAGCAAAUCUUUGAUGACAGACAGCGUGAUCACAUUUGUCGGUGCUAUAAUCAGCUUUUCGGCUUUCCUGGCCAUAAACCUGUAUGAACACAACCCUUCUCUGUGGUACAUAGACAAUGUAUUCGGCGUAGCGUGUAGCAUCUUUCUGUAUGCAUUCGCCAUCAGAUUAUUCUGGAAGUUUCGUAAUACAGGAAAGCCUCUAGCAUGAUAAAUCUAAAGGAAGACACAGUCAAGAUUUAUCAUGACAAAAGCUUGUAGUGAUAUGUUCUAUGGAAAUCUAUACUUCUGAUGUACUUAACAAAUGAAAUGCAUAUUUAUGAUAUACUUCUGUAUUUUACUGUUUACAAUACACACGUUCAUGUUUUAAAGGAAAUCAGCCAUUAUGACAAUAUAGUAAACCUCCUUAUGUAUCGUCUACACAGAAAUAUAAUAGCAUAGUAGCUGGACGUUAUCAGAAUCUGAUGAGCACGUUAAGCGGAAGAAUUUUACAUAUAAAAGUGCCCUUAUGAAUAGAAUUAAAUCAUAUUUGUUCUAUGCAUAGUUUUGUCUAGGGUAGACGACGGAAGGAAUGAUAUGGAUGUAGAUUACAUUAAUCACAAUUUGUUUGUUUGUUUGUUUAGAGUAUUAAGCAAACGUAGGGAUAUUUCAACCAUUUGGGGGCUUUGAAGUUGGAUCAAUGUCCUUUUGUGAAGUUUGUAAGUAAUCGGGGGGUUGGGGGUGGUAGGAAGCUUACUCUAGCUACAUGUACGACAACGGUCGUUUGUGGAAUGAGAGUACCAAACCCCCGGAUGCGUAACCCGAACGCAGUUUCCCCAAAAUUGAGCAGAGGUAUAAAUGUUUAAGUGUUGCGUGAUUGGCUAAUAUCAAGAGUGAAAUGAUUUGGAAUUGAAAGAAAUAUUAUAGAAGUUUAAAUUAAUCGUGGCGAUGAAAAAUUAUCGCACAGAAUCGAGAAAUGACUGACUAAAUUACCACGGUAAUGAAGGGCAUAAUUCACUUCAGGUCAUUAUGUGUUGUAGGAAAAAAAGUACAAAUAUGACCUAUAAAAGCAACGGGACCGUAUAUAAUUUUUGUCGUUUUUGAUUAGCACUUGGAAUGACCUUUGAAAGGUUGAAGGCCAUUUGUCUAAAAUUAAUAUAGUUAAUUAGUGAAACGACCAAAGGUUAGUAGUCUAUGGGAAAUGAGUUGGUACUCUUUUCCCUAAACCAAAGGAGUUGUGUUUUUGAAAAGUCUGGUUUGGAUUGGUAGCUGGUAUACUGAUAAUCACAUAUGUCCGGUCAAUUCACAAUUAGAAUGUAAGUUUUGUUAACUUGUCUAAAUAUUUGUUUUCACUGGUGCACUCAGUCUGCCAAAGACAGACAAUAUUAAGCACAUACAAUUAAUGUAGCAUUGCUUUCCAAAGUCGGAGGUAGGGCAGAAAAUCCCGUCUUAAUCGCCCCCGUGUAUUACCAGGAAGACACACAUAAUGCGCUCCCUGUCAUUUGCUAGUCUAGAUAAGGUAAAUGUUACUUGAAUUCCAACAAGUGUGACAUUUAUAUUUUGAAUAUUGUGAUUUUGUUUGGCAUUUGUAAUAAAUGCUAAUUUCAACACAAUCUGACUUAAUGCUUAUUUAGUCAAACUUAGCAAAAUACAUAGAGUAGACUCGUGGAGAUGUUUAAGGAGGAAAACACGAGGCAGAUACACGAUGUAUAAAGAGGAUGGUGAAAGGUAAAGAUAACGAACAGUGAUCAAUCUCAUAAUUCCUAUAAGCAAUACAAAUAGAGAGUUGGGCAAACAAGGACCCCUGGAUAUACCAGAGGUGGGAUCAGGUGCCUAGGAGAAGUAAACAUCACCUGUUGACCGGUCACACCUGCCGUGUGCCCUAUAUCUUGAUCAAGUAAACGGAGUUAUCUGUAGUCAAAAUCAGUGUGCCAAGAACAGUCUAACAAACGGUAUGAAACACGUCAGACAGCAUUUGACCCAAUGACAGGUUGUAUUGGCAAACUAGAUCGUUAUCACGAUAAUAAAAAUAGUGAAGACACGCUCCUAAAUCAUAUAGUGUAUUGAUUUUCUGCUCUUAAUUUUAAACACUUAUAAACAUACUUUCCCAGUUUACACAAUUCCGUAACAUCUGUACCAAUGAAUUUAUUGUCAAAGAUCACGCCCAAAAAUUUAGAUUGUUUUACAACUUUGCAGUUUCAUCUACUUUUAAACAUGGAUCAGAGUGUAGUUUCGUUUGUGAUUGGAAUACACACACGAUUCUAUAGAUGUAGGAAAUUUCAAACCGUUAUUAUCAGCCAUAUAAAUAAACAUAUCUGUAACAGUACGUGUUCGAUUUUCGAUUUGUAGCAAAGAACGAAAUCAUCUACGAAGAAACUGCCUUAAAUAUCAUUAUGUAAUAUUUCUUUUAAUAAUGUAACAAAUAAAAAAAACCUGCCGUCCGUGCUCGAUAACUACAUGCAUAUCCAACCUAAUUAUACACAAUUGUUCGGGGGAGUUUAAGAUUUUUUUCAUAAUAGUAAGUAAUUAUCAACGAAGAUUAAUACCAUAAAUGUCUUGUAAUAUACGAUGUUUCCAAGUCGUACCAUGCCUUUUCCAAGUCGAGGAAUGUGACCAGAAUUUGUUCUUUGUUAACAACGUCAUCUGGUAUUGAAUAUUCAAUUAGCACCAAAUGGUCAUUGGCACUUCUAGUUUUCAAAAAGUACAUUGCAUAUUUGUUAGAAUAUUGCAAGUUUCAAGAAAGCAUAUCAAUAGUUCGCUAAUCUUCCGUUACAUGCUUUUACAAACACAGCUGGUUAAAGUGAUGAGGUCGGUCAUCGUUUGGAUCAGUGUAAUCGCGAUCGGAUUUCGGAGCGGGAAUAAUGGCCUUAGAGCAAGAUUGUGGAUCUAUACUUUUUUUCCGAAUGGCGUUACAAAUUGCGGGAGACACUUCAUGGUCUAGAUCGACUUCUGUAUUAUGACAUUUAUUUUUGUCAAGAAGAAAGAGUUCAUUGUAUAAUUUUCUUCGUUGUUUGUUUUAAAAUCUAUGACUUUCUUUAUUCUUUGGGUUUUUUUUUUUUUUUUUUUUGGUGUUUAUUUUACGAUACUUUGCGACGUACAAGAGUCCAAAUUUCAAGUAGGUUUUGAAUGACUAACUUGAAUCCAUUACUUAAACCGUCUUCAUCAGUCAAAUCAUUGCUUAGACAUAUACCAAGUAGUGCUGACAAUAUGAUGUACCAGUCUACCAAGUUUGAUGUCUGUCAAGCAAAGAGUUCUCAAAAUAUUGAAUGGACAGUAUAUUCCUAUGUCCAGUUUGACCCUCGACCUUUGACCAAGUGACCUCAAAAUCUAUAGAGGUCAUCUACUCCUUACGAUGUACCAGUAUACCAAGUUUGAUAUCUGUCAAGCGAAGGGUUCUCAAGAUAUUGAGCAGACAGUAUUUUACUAUAUCCAGUUUGACCCUUAAUCUUUGACCAUGUGACCUCAAAAUCAAAUAGGGUAAUCUACUCCUUAAGAUGUACUAGUGUACCAAGUUUGAUAUCUGUUAAGCGAAGGGUUCUCAAGAUAUUGAGCAGACAGUAUUUUCACGAAUAUGACUAUGCAUGUAUAAUAUACCUCCUAGAAUAUAAUGAUUCAUUUUUUCCAGAUGUCAUCCGCAAAUGGAACUCUUUAGCAAACGAAGCAAAGAAAGCAACCUCUAUCUGUCAGUUCCGCUGAAACAUUUCUAAUAAUAUCAAUAUUUCAAAAGUGCCUAAACAUUUUCUUCUUGGCAAAAGAAUAGUAAAUAUAAUUCAUACUAAAUUAAGACAUAAUUGUUUGUUUAACUAUGAUUCACACCGAAAAAACAUAUCAAUUAUGAUAGACAAUUCUUGUAUUUGAAAGAGUUCGUCAAACAUAAAAUUUCUUACUACUGAAAAUCUUUUACAAACAAAGAAAACAUGAUAUGCAUCUUCUCUCAUACCACAAUCACAGUUAGGAGAAUCGACAAUACACGGAUUUUACUUUGGGGCAGUGACAAUUUGGGGUAUGAAAUUAACAGCAAAAUUUUUAAUGCUGCUCACAAAUUUAUAUUGAAUUCAAGGAAAUUCUCCUGAUAUUAAUUCAUUUUAUGCUAUACAUGUAUAUACAUGUAUUUAUUUUGUCUAUACAUACGUUUUAUGACAAUUGUUAUCAAUUAAUCUUAGGUGAGAACCUCGUAAGUUGUAGGAACUUGUGUUCAAACCUGUUGUAUAUUAUAUAUGCAGUUGUAUAUUAUAUAUGCAAUAAAAUAUGUUCAAAUCA